CCUUCCCUUCACGUUCACUUACAUUCACUCUUUUCAGUCUCCUUUGGCGCGUCUGUGAUCGCAACGCUUCUUCCACCUAAACGUCUUACUGCGUUAUUUCAAUUUGUAUGCUAUUCCACGAUACCCACACACGAUGUUUGACGCGCCUGGAAACUGCUCGUAUAUCCCUAAGGCGGUGCAGACUGAUGCGGGAGUCGCGGGUGCUGGCACCUUGCUCUCGUUCAUCAUCACGAACUUCAUCUCCUUGUUCCUAAGCGCUAUCAUCAUUCUUCUCGGCCUGCGCAAAUCGACAUCAGCGCCAGUAUGCCGCAAGCUCCUACAGUCCUUCUCGGAUCAGCAGAUCAUCACCGGCAUUGGCAUCCAGUCUAUCGGCCUCGCCAAGAUGCAGUCGAUGGUGCCAUACCACUUCUUCAUCAUCUGGCUCCUUUCGCUACUCUCGACGGCGACAAAUCUCGCGACGCUUCUUGCUCUUGUCAACGACUUCAAACGUGACUGGGUCCUGAGAUGGCUCAGGCAGUUCUUCAUGCUCAUCAACCUCUUCCUUGGUGUCUUGUCUGGAAUCUUCAUUCUUCAAACAGUACUGAAAAACCUCGAACCUCGACUGCCGAUUGCCUGCGUGUGGGAAGUGGAAAGUCGCGGCAGCUCGUCCAACGCUGCGCUCAGUAUUGCUGGGACCAUCGCUGUGAUCGCCGCCCAGGCCAUCGUCUUCGUUUUGUCAACAUGGUACCUGCACAGUCGCGCCAACCCGGCAUGGCUCAAGUCCGUUCAGGUCGUAGGAUUGUUCGCUCUCUUGGCCAUGGGCAUUGGAGCUACCAUCCGUGUGAUCAUGGAGUCGCAAGCUUUUGGUAAUCCGCCUGAAGCGCUGAACCUUCAGGGUCCAAGUGAGAAGUCCUGGAGCUACGGACAACUGCUCCCUCUGCUGCUACUGGUGAUGCCGAUUAUCAGCACGAUCGAAGUCAUCCGAGGCGAAACCAGAAUGCCGCCGAGCAGGGUGGACGACGACACGGCGCCGCUGUUCGUAAACGAUAUGGAGUUCCAGCCAAACCCUUUAGUUGGCAGCUCUAACAGUCUGUUCCGGAAGUGAGCGAAGCUGCUCCAUCAGUAGGUCUCCUUCCAAAGAGUACGCUAGAUACCCGUUACAAUCAAAAGCAUAGACGUGAAAACA